CUGCCGCUUCCGAGGCGCUAAACAUUACAGGCGAGCGUUUUGAAGUUACUGAGUGUAUAGACUUUGGACACGCGUGAGUAGAGUUUAAGGAGCCAGAAGCUGGCUAUCUAGAAGCCACACCCGCAGAGGCCUUACCCCCUCUCCGCAAUUUCUGUUGCAUUUGGUUCCGCCGAGACCCACGACGGUUCCGCCCCCUUCUUCCUUGUCAUUGAUGUUGUUGUUCUUGUCAGUGCCGCAGCCCCGACCGCCGGGAGCUCGAACCCGAGCCGGGGCCGCCCGGGUGGCGCGGUGGCGGCGGCAGCGGCUGCGGCUGCAGCAGCUGCGACGGCUGCGGGGGCUGCUCCGGGGACUGCGGGGACGGCCGGGGGCUGGCAGCCGGCGGCGGGGCCGGAUGGCUCUGUGCGGGCAGGCGGCAGGCGCCGCGUCGCUGCCCAGCGAGCUGAUCGUGCACAUCUUCUCCUUCCUGCCCGCGCCUGACCGGCUGCGGGCCUCGGCUUCCUGCUCGCACUGGCGCGAGUGCCUCUUCUACCCUGCUCUGUGGCCCCAGCUCCGCAUCUGCCUCCGCGUCUCCCCCGCGGAGCAGCCUCGGCUCGAAUUCCUCAUGCGCAAGUGCGGCUGGUUCGUGCGAGAGCUGCGUGUUGAGUUCGCCGCCGAGAAUUACCUGAGCGGUGGCGGCGGCCCAGGCGACGGAGGCGGCGCGGAUCCUGGGACUGGCGGGGAAGAAGUCGAGGCCCUGCAGCUCUCAACCCGUUGGCUGGAAGUGCUGCGCACCUACUUAGAGCUGGUACUGUGCGUGCUGGUCAGCAUCCGGAACAACAGGAACCUCCAGAAGUUUAGCCUUUUUGGAGACAUAAGUGUUCUACAACAGCAAGGAAGUUUGUCAAAUACAUACCUCAGCAAGGUGGACCCUGAUGGCAAAAAAAUUAAACAAAUUCAGCAGCUGUUUGAAGAAAUACUGAGUAAUAGUAGGCAACUGAAAUGGCUGUCCUGUGGGUUUAUGCUGGAAAUAGUAACCCCAACCUCACUGUCAUCUCUCUCAAACUCUAUUGCCAACACCAUGGAGCACCUGAGUUUGCUGGACAACAAUAUUCCUGGUAACAGCACCCUGAUCACCACAGUCGAACUGGAGCGAUUUGUGAAUCUACGCUCACUUGCCCUGGAUUUCUGUGACUUUACAGCCGAGAUGGCAAGAGUCUUAACCGAUAGCAACCAUGUGCCUUUGCAGCGACUGUCUCUCCUGGUCCACAACGUUUCCGUGAUGCACAAGUCUCUGGACAACAUGCCAAAUGAUGAGCAUUGGAAAGCCUUGUCACGAAAGAGCACCAGCCUCCGGGUCUAUAUAAUGGCCUUUGAUAUCAAGAGUGAAGAUAUGUUAAAGAUUCUGAAACCCAGUAUACCACUAGAGAGGAUUCAUUUUGACAGCUACAUCACUUGUGUUUCAGGAGCUAUUGUUGAUCUUAUAUCCAGGCAGUAUGAUAAGUUCCUCACUCAUUUUAUAUUAAUGAAUGAUGUGAUUGACACGUCUGGUUUUCCAGAUCUUAGUGACAACCGAAAUGAAGAUCCAUUGGUUUUAUUAGCAUGGAGGUGCACAAAGCUCUCUCUUCUGGCAAUUCACGGUUAUACAGUGUGGGCACACAACCUCAUUGCCAUUGCUCGUCUUCGUGGCUCUGAUCUAAAAGUACUUGAAGUCACUGAAGAAAGCAUUGAUUUUGACCAAGGUGAACUGGCCGACCAGGAUGUGGAUCCAGUGCAUAACCUUAUUGAGCAGGUAUCCCUGGGCCUGGGUCAACCUUGGCACGCGGUCAUGGACAUCGAAUCACUCAGUGUCUUCACUGAACCAAAUCGUCAUUUUUACAGAGAGAUGCAAAGCUUCAGCGAAGACAUUUAGCUUUUUUUAAAAAUGUACAAUUCCUGUGGUUACAUAUGCAAGUAGGGUCCUAUUAUGUUUUUUUUCAGUAGUGUGAAUUAACCCCUUUGUGCUGUGUUUAAUCAGUAUUAGCUUUAUAGAAUUAUAUAUGUAUAUUCUACUUCUUGAUCAAAGAACGUAGUCGGGUAUUGGUUUAGAAGUUCAAAGUGACAGUGUAUAGGGCUUUCACGGUUAAUGGACUUGUUAUCCAACCUUAAGGAUAUACAACCGAAGGUUGUCUGAGGUUGCUGGCUAACUUUAUUUUUCACUGAGUUACUCUGCCUUUUGAUGUUUUUAUUCUUUGUGUGUCAGAGUUCAGAGCUCAGGAGCCAAAAUAUUUUUAUACAUAUAUAGAUAUAUAUCCAUAGCCUGGUGGAUUUGUAUGCAAUGCACCGCAUUCAUGCAUUGUGACAGCAUUUCAUUAAUUCUUAUUUGAAAUGGAAGAAGGGAGGAUAGUAUGAUCCCAAAUGAGUUAUCUUUAACAGAAAAGCCAAGACUUUAACUUUCAUUACAUAUAUAAUAGUUGAUAUCACCAAUUACCAUUCAGAAUUUUGUAUAGUACUAGGUUAGAACACUGCUUAAUCCUUUUUUUAAAAAAAUGCACUUACCUAAAUGUGAAUACUCAAAUUGUUAGACUUUUUAAAAACUAUAUCUGACAUAAUUUAUUCAUCAAUUACAUUAUACAUUCAAGUUAGCUUUUUAGCCCAGAUUUCAAAUAGUGGAGGAAGAAGCUGUAUUCCAGGGUAAAACCUCCUAAAGCAAAAUCUUUAAAAAACAGAGCUGUAAACACACAUGCUUGCAAACAAACAUUAGUCGUGAAAUCCCUAGCAACGAGUCACUGGAUUUUUCUCUGUCAGCGCGCGUGUCAGCUGCCAAAGAAUAGACUUAACUGAAGAAGUGCCCACAUGCUGGCAGGGGCCGGCCCACUCUGGCCAGCCAGAUACUGCUAGAUUGUAAUAUUUAAGGUCGAAUUUCGACCUGUGGUACACAGCUGUGCUGUGGCUCAGUCAGCAACCUCAGAACUCUGAAAAAAACAAAACAAAAAAAAGAAAAAAAAACCAUGCACCUGUUUCACUGUGAAUAGUGAAUGUAAAGGAAAGAAAGGAAAAACUGAAAACUUGUUCUAUCACAGGUAUGAGCUGCUAUGAUACAUGAAGAACAUUCCAUGAAGUAUGUUUUAAAACCUUGUUAUAUCUGAGAGGCUUUAAAAGCCGAUUUAACUGUUUCAGGGCAACCGCGGUACAGACGUGGUCUCUGUGAGACUUCCACCUGACCCCAGUUUUAAGUGGUACGAAUGUUGUGCAUUUAAUGUUAAAGGACAGUCUGCAAUAAUAAAGUAAGUAGCCAACGUGGGUGCCCAGCAGUGCUGAGACCUGGCUGCUCUAUUGUAAGCUUUGGAAACACAAUUUAUGCAACAGAUGUCCAGAUAUGAUUCUAUUUAUGGAAAAAGUUUAUAUGUAUUUUACAAAUGGUUUUACCAUCUUAUAUUAAAAUGACCUUUUGACAGGUGUGCACUGUUUUGUCUCCAGUGAGCACAUACCAUGAGGAUUUUAUAUGUACAUCAGUAGUGUGAAUCCACUGGCACAGUGUGUGUAAAUGCCAGAUGUGGUGAGAUUUUAUCUUAUAAAUGUGAUCGGAUAAAAUAAAUCCUGACAGAAACUGUAAGGAAACCAGCUGAAUGUUUGACCUGAUGACUGAUGUUGUAUGGUUUAUGUUAAAUGUAUAUUCUUUUAAUCAACGAAUAAAGCAUUAAAAAGUGA